CUAAACCCUUCCAUUGCCGGCGUCCCUCCUUGAUUGGCCUCCGCUUUAACAUCCACGCCAACCUUAGAUCCUCGGCUUGCUUCCUGCACCCACGGUAAGCUGACAGCUCGAGGCAAAGGCAAACUCGGUUUGUUUUGUUUCCUUGCUCUGUCGGGGCCACAGCCGAGUUAAAUCAUUGGAAAAAUGCCGUCAGUGACAUUAAAAAGGAACUAUCGAUGCUCUCAAUCGCUGCAACAGUUUUAUAGUGGUGGGCCUUUUGUGGUCUCUUCGGAUGGCUCUUUCAUUGCUUGUGCAUGCGAUGAAUCCAUAAAGAUUGUGGAUUCAUCAAAGGCCUCAACGAAAUCUACCAUUGAGGCCGAGUCAGGUACCAUCACAGCACUGGCUUUAAGUCCCAAUGAUAAGCUGUUAUUCUCUGCUGGACAUAGUAGGCAAAUUAAGGUCUGGGACUUGGAUACUUUCAAAUGCCUACGCUCUUGGAAGGGCCAUGAUGGUCCUGUAAUGGGUAUGGCUUGCCAUGGAUCUGGUGGGUUGCUUGCAACUGCAGGAGCUGAUAGGAAAGUUCUUGUUUGGGAUGUUGAUGGUGGUUUCUGCACUCAUUACUUUAAAGGUCAUAAAGGUGUUGUGACCAGUAUUAUGUUUCAUCCUGAUAUAAAUAAAAGCCUUCUUUUCUCUGGAAGUGAUGACACUACUGUACGAGUAUGGGAUCUUCUAGCCAAGAAGUGUGUUGCAGUAUUAGAAAAACAUUUCUCAGCAGUUUCUUCUGUGGCAGUGUCUGAAGAUGGAUGGACGUUGCUAAGUGCCGGAAGAGAUAAGGUUGUAAAUUUGUGGGACCUUCAUGACUAUAAAUGCAAGAGUACAGUCCCAACAUAUGAGGUGCUUGAAGCUGUGUGUAUAAUUUAUUCUGGGAGUCAUUUUGCUUCAUCUCUGGGUGCAUUCCUUCAGCAAAGUGGAAAGAAAAAAAGUGGGUCAACUGGAAUUUAUUUUAUCACAGCUGGUGAACGUGGAAUUGUACGCGUCUGGACUUCUGAAGGUGCAGUUUGCUUGUACGAGCAGAAGUCCUCAGAUGUUACUGUUAGCUCAGACAUGGGUGAAGAUUCUACAAGGGGUUUCACAAGUGCUGCUAUGCUGCCCAUGGAUCAAGGAUUGCUUUGUGUGACAGCUGAUCAGCAGUUUCUCUUCUAUUCUCCAGCAGAGCAUCUGGAAGAAAAGUGGUCUUUAAAAUUGACCAAAAGGCUUGUGGGUUUCAAUGAUGAGAUUGUGGAUAUGAAGUUUCUUGAUGAAGAGGAACAAUAUCUAGCUGUUGCUACUAAUCUUGAACAGGUUCGAGUGUAUGACCUUUCCUCCAUGUCAUGUUCCUACGUGUUGGCCGGUCAUACUGAUACUAUUCUUUGCCUUGAUACAUCUAUUUCAAGUGAUAAAAGAAGGCUUAUUCUAACAGGGAGUAAGGACAAUAGUGUAAGGCUGUGGGAACCAGAAAGACGAUGUUGCAUAGGACUUGGCAUAGGUCACAUGGGAGCGGUUGGAACUGUUGCUUUUUCCAAGAAGCGCCAAGAUUUUUUUGUUAGUGGCAGUAGUGAUCGUACCAUUAAGGUUUGGAACUUUGAUGGACUCUCAGAUGACAUCGAACAACCUAUUAAUUUAAAAGCAAAGGCAGUUGUAGCAGCGCAUGAUAAAGACAUAAAUUCUCUGGCUGUUGCACCAAAUGACAGUCUAGUGUGUAGUGGUUCUCAGGAUCGUACUGCUUGUGUUUGGAGGCUUCCAGAACUGGUACUUGUGGUUAAAUUUACAGGGCAUAAACGAGGGAUCUGGUGUGUAGAGUUUUCACCUGUUGAUCAAUGUGUAAUAACGGCAUCAGGUGACAAGACUGUAAAGAUAUGGGCUAUAGCUGAUGGUUCAUGCCUAAAAACGUUUGAAGGGCAUACAUCAAGUGUAUUAAGAGCAUCAUUUCUUACACGUGGAACCCAGUUUGUAUCAUGCGGUGCUGAUGGGUUGGUUAAGCUGUGGACAAUCAAAACGAAUGAAUGCAUUGCUACCUAUGAUCAGCACGAGGAUAAGGUUUGGGCAUUGGCUGUUGGGAAAAAAACAGAAAUGUUAGCAACAGGUGGUAGUGAUGCAGUGAUCAAUCUUUGGUAUGAUGCAACUGCUGCAGAGAAAGAGGAAGCUUUCCGUAAAGAGGAAGAAGGCGUUUUGAGAGGGCAAGAAUUAGAAAAUGCAUUAUUAGAUGCCGAAUACACAAAGGCAAUACAAAUUGCUUUGGAGCUCCGGAGGCCUCAUAAGCUUUUCGAGUUGUUUUCUGAGCUCUGCAGGAUGAGAGAAGCUGGGGAUCAUAUAGACAAGGCUCUUCACGCCCUUGGCAAAGAAGAAUUUCUUCUACUUUUUGGGUAUAUACGAGAAUGGAAUACGAAGCCAAAGCUGUGUCAUGUUGCCCAGUCUGUUCUUUUCCGAGCUUUCAACAUUCUUCCUCCAACAGAGAUUAUCGAGAUUAAAGGCAUUAGUGAACUGCUUGAGGGUCUUAUCCCAUAUUCUCAGAGACAUUUCAGCAGGAUAGACAGGCUUAUAAGAAGCACAUUUCUCUUGGACUACACUCUCACUCGAAUGUCCGUUAUUGAACCCGUGAUUCAGGGUGAUUUGAAGAUCAAGUCUUCAUCACAUUCCGGGAAAAACACAGAUGAUGCGCUUUCAACAGAUAAUGCCGAGGAAGAUCAAAAACAAGUUUCUGAAGGAGCGAAAUCGAAGGCCUCAGCAAAAAAGAGGAAAUCACGGAAAUCUGGAGACGGUUCUCGCUCACGUAAGAAGGUGAAGGACAGCUCAGUUCAUGCAAGUAAUGCGGCCGUGCCAUUGCAGGCGUAACUGGAUGUAAGUUAGUUUCUCUUUUCUGAUCUGCAUGAACAUCCAUACUCGGUGGGGGGAAUUGUAGUUGGCU